AGGAAAAGGAACUUGAUCUACUGGCAGGCUCCAGCCGCCCUGAACGUGAGAGGGGAUAGUGCCAGGAGCCCCGGCCCCGGGGUAGGGAGCCGAGAGAGGGAGCAUCGAGCCAGGUUGAAGGCGGAGGGCACCGGGCAGCGGCCAGGGACCCCGAUGCCGGCGGCCAACAUGAUGGAGAACCUGCAGCUGCCGGCCCUGCAGGUGCCGGAGCCCCAGGGCGCGCCCGAGGGCAGCGCGGUGUGGUCCAGCUCGUCCACCCCCACGCUCCGCCGCCGGCGCUUUAAGAUGCGCCGGAUGAAGAACGUACAGGAGCAGAGCCUGGAGGCGGGGCUGGUAGCCCCGGACUUACCCAGCGUCUUGCCCCCCGGCAAGGAGUUCCUGCAACUGCCGUCCAUUGAGAUUACGCCCUCCAGCGACGAGGACACCCCGUGGUCCAACUGCUCCACACCCAGCGCGUCCCCGCGCCGAAAACGCUUCCUGCUCCGCAAGUGGCUGAGGGUGAGGGAGCGGAAGGAGUGCAGUGAGAGCAGCAGCCAGCAGAGCAGCCAGCAGAGCAGCCACGACGAUGAUUCCAGCAGGUUCCUGAGUCCUCGAGUUCGUGAAGAGAGCACUGCCAGUAACUCCAACCGCAGCACGCCGGCCUGCUCUCCCAUCCUCCGGAAGCGGUCCCGCUCACCAACACCACAGAACCAGGACGGAGACACCAUGGUGGAGAAGGGCUCAGACCACUCCUCGGACAAGUCCCCAUCCACCCCGGAGCAGGGUGUGCAACGCAGUUGCUCCUCACAGUCUGGUCGGAGCGGUGGUAAAAACUCCAAGUCUCACAAGCGCCUCUCAAAAUAUGACAGACUUAAUCUGAUCAAAAAAAGCCAGAGUUGGUACAAUGUGCUAAGCCCCACUUACAAGCAGAGAAAUGAAGACUUCAGAAAGCUCUUUAAGCAACUUCCAGACACGGAGCGCCUCAUUGUUGACUAUUCUUGUGCACUCCAAAGAGACAUUCUUCUUCAGGGCCGACUCUACCUCUCAGAAAACUGGAUCUGCUUCUACAGUAACAUCUUCCGCUGGGAAACUCUGCUGACAGUCCGUUUGAAAGACAUCUGCUCCAUGACGAAAGAGAAGACAGCCCGCCUCAUCCCCAACGCCAUCCAAGUCUGCACUGAUUCAGAAAAGCACUUUUUUACGUCAUUUGGAGCCCGGGAUAGGACCUACAUGAUGAUGUUCCGGCUUUGGCAGAACGCCCUCCUCGAAAAGCCCCUAUGCCCCAAGGAGCUCUGGCACUUUGUCCACCAGUGCUAUGGAAACGAGCUGGGUCUAACCAGUGAUGAUGAGGACUACGUGCCUCCAGACGAUGACUUCAACACAAUGGGCUACUGCGAGGAGAUUCCCAUAGAAGAGAAUGAAGUGAACGACAGCUCAUCCAAAAGCAGCAUAGAAACCAAGCCAGAUGCCAGCCCACAGUUGCCCAAGAAGUCUAUUACCAACAGCACACAGACGUCUACGGGAAGCAGUGAAGCCCCCGUCUCGUUUGAUGGCUUGCCGUUGGAGGAGGAGGUGAUGGAGGGUGAUGGGUCCCUAGAGAAGGAGCUUGCCAUUGACAACAUCAUGGGGGAGAAGAUUGAUAUUAUUGCACCCGUGACCUCCCCUUCACUGGACUUCAACGACAAUGAGGAUAUCCCCACCGAGCUCAGUGAUUCUUCAGAUACCCACGAUGAAGGAGAGGUCCAGGCCUUCUAUGAGGACCUGAGUGGAAGACAGUAUGUGAACGAGGUCUUCAACUUCAGUGUGGACAAACUCUAUGACCUGCUGUUCACCAACUCACCCUUCCUGCGGGACUUCAUGGAGCAGCGGCGCUUCUCUGAUAUCAUCUUCCAUCCAUGGAAGAAGGAGGAGAAUGGAAACCAGAGUCGAGUGAUUCUCUACACUAUCACCCUCACUAACCCUCUGGCUCCCAAAACGGCCACUGUCAGGGAGACACAGACCAUGUACAAAGCGAGUCAGGAGAGCGAGUGCUAUGUGAUAGACGCUGAAGUCCUCACCCACGAUGUGCCAUACCACGACUACUUCUACACCAUCAACCGCUACACGCUCACCAGAGUGGCCCGGAACAAGAGCAGACUCAGGGUCUCCACAGAGCUCCGCUAUCGAAAACAGCCCUGGGGGUUUGUGAAAACUUUCAUCGAGAAGAACUUCUGGAGUGGACUGGAGGACUACUUCCGCCAUUUAGAGACUGAGCUAACCAAAACAGAGAGUACCUACUUGGCUGAAAUACACAGACAGUCACCCAAGGAGAAGGCCAAUAAGUCUUCAGCCGUCCGGAGGAGGAAGCGUCCCCAUGCCCACCUGCGGGUACCUCACCUGGAAGAGGUGAUGAGUCCUGUCACCACACCCACUGAUGAAGAUGUGGGCCACAGGAUCAAGCACGUGGCAGGUUCCACGCAGACACGGCAUAUCCCGGAGGACACUUCUGAUGGUUUUCACCUACAAAGUGUGUCCAAGCUGUUGCUGGUUAUCAGCUGUGUGAUCUGUUUCAGUCUGGCGCUGCUGGUCAUUCUGAACAUGAUGCUCUUUUACAAGCUGUGGGUGCUGGAAUACACCACACAGACCCUCACUGCCUGGCAGGGUCUCAGGCUCCAGGAAAGGUUACCCCAGUCUCAGACAGAAUGGGCCCAGCUAUUAGAAUCCCAACAGAAGUACCACGACACCGAGCUCCAGAAGUGGAGGGAGACCAUCAAAUCCUCAGUGAUGCUCCUGGACCAGAUGAAGGACUCGCUUAUCAACCUUCAGAACGGUAUCAGGUCUCGAGACUACACAGCUGAGAGCGACGAGAAGAGGAACCGCUAUCAUUGACAAGGCAGGACCAGGGGUGGCUACAAGAGGCCUGUGCAAUACAUGUACAUAGACCCUAUAAAUAUAUAUAAAUAUAUAUAUAUAUAUACAGAAUAUAAAUAUAUAUUAUAUACAGAUUUUAAAAAAAGAGAUAAUACCUAUGUACCAGGGAGAAGGAGCGGGAACUCCCGCCCCCUGUGCCGGCCAGAGCAGCGUUUUCCCUCCUCUGUGGAGGGACUGAGGAGGGCAGGGACCACCUCUCAGCACCAACUUCCCCUGAUCCUCCUCCUCCCCCCAUUUUUUUUUUGUUCCUCAUUCCUUCCCUCGCUGGCCAUUCUUGGCCCUUAGAAGGGAAAUGUGGCUAAGCCAAAGUUUAUGCCUGUGAAGACCUUUGUGGUCUUCAGUGUCAUUUCAAGAGGGCAUUGCUUAAGGUGCUUCAUUUCCUAAUCCCCUUUUAAUUUGUCUCUAGAAUAAAAGAGAACCUGUUCUCCCCACUCCCCACCCCCACCCCACCCAGUGCUUCCCCAGGCCUUCCCUUGGGAACAGGAAGAAUGGAGCAGGCAGGAGCCCCAUUCAAAGUCCCCCAGGAGGCCAUCGGUUAGGAUAACACUGAAAGCCAGGUGACAGAAGCUGCAUUUGUGGGCCUGGGCUGUGGGGCUGCAGGCUCCUGAGCUCUGGCAUCUAAAGGGAAUUCUUCCUCAGCCACCCCCCCCUACACACCUUCUUCUAACCUGAGUAGGUUGUGGACCCCACAAGGGCUGAGAAUUUCCCAAGUCUCCCACUCCCUUUCUCUCUGGUCUUCUCCCAGGCUGGAUCUGGGGGAAGGGUCACUUUUUAGUGCCUAAAAUCCUAUUGUUUCUGUGUGCCCUAAGAGCACAUUGUUUCUUAGCCAGGGUGGAGCCUUUUUGACCUUGUUUCAAAAACAAAACAACAACCUCUCUUAGUGGAAGCAAGUCAGGUCUGUGGCUCUAACUCUUUCUCUUUGACCUGUGAGUUUGAUGUCCCGGAUAAGUCAGGGUAUCCUCGUCCCUCUGGGCUUUGGGAGACAGAGAAUGAUCUAGAAACAUGGAUUGCAGGGCUUGCCCAAGAUCCUGUGUAAGUAGUGAGCAUAGUAGCCAAGCCACUUAGAGGGCUGACAGCAUCCUUAAGUCUUGGUAAGGAACCAUCAUUAGCAAUAGAGGCAACUCUGUGCCACUGUAUGUAGCUAGAGGGAGGAUUUGGCAUAGAUGCUUGCAUUUGGUCAUGAAAAGGCCAAAUGGAACCUGGCCCCCACCACAGAGGCCACCUCAGUUCUAAGUUUCUCAGGUUUGGUAGUGGAUUUCUGAAAGUAUGUGUAUAAAUUUCUUUAUAGUCUUUGGCCCUGGUAGGUUAGAAAGCCACCCAGAAAUAAAAAGCAGAUGCUAUGUUGGGAACUUGAACCAUCCAGGGCCUUCUUAAUGUCAGCCCAUCAGAACUCAGGUUUUAUCUGAUCUCAAGAGGUCCUUCUGGGCAGAUUCAUCACUCUCUCUUACAAGCAUCUACUUCUCUCCCAUCUGAUGGCUCAAGGAAUCCUGCCAGCCUCUGGCAGAGCUCUUGGAGAUCUGUGGUAGUAAAGAUUGCUGCUGGGUUGGCAGAAAAGCUUCUUUAUGCUUGCUGCUUCUCCCAGGCUUCUGAAGAAGGAAACCUGGAUUUCCCAGAUCAUCAGUACAAAGGAAGCAAGAUGGCGCCGAUUAGCUACAUCAGAGAAAAGUUACUUUCUCCUCUAGAAUUAUCUGAACAUUCCAUUUUGGGCAGUGAAAGAAAGUCAUUGAUGUUCCAGUGCCCUGGAGAAAUAGGUGUUGGUAUUUCUUGAAGAGCAAAAUCAAAAAAAAAAAAAAAAAAAAAAAUAGGCUGUAUCUCUGGAUCAUCUUCUGAUGGAGGGAGGAGAAGGCUCCCGUCCCAUUGGUAGUCAGCUCUGCUAACACUCUUCUGGGAAAGCAGGGGUGAGGAAUGGCUUCAUUUGUUCCUUCAUUUGUUCAAGGUCCAAAAGACCACUUGGUUGUUUUGAGAGAUGCUGGUGACAGUCAAGACCCAUGAGCCCCGAGUCAAAGAAGGGAGGAUGGUCCAUGGUGCUAGACCAUUUCUUCUUGGAAUAGCCAGAAGCCAGAAGCAUUCCCAGAAAGUUUUUGGAAAGCAAAAUUGGAAAUACUCAGAUUGAUUGCAUAUGUAGUUAUUUACUUCAGUUUAAUUGUUAAGGUAGCCAUGGAUCUUUUUAAAUGAUUUCAAAAGUGUUCAUUGGGGGUGGGGUGGGAGUGGGAGGGACAAACUCAAGUAACAGAAGCAACCCCAACCAUUGAGAAUUGCUGUUCUUUGGCCUGCAGUAUCAUCUAGGGGAGGAGAGCACCUAAUUUGUCAGAGAAAGCCUCCUGUUUUCUGGUGAACCCAGAUGAUAAUGUGCGCAUAAACAAUAGCCCCCGAGAAUGAUGGCUUUCUUGUGAGUUCCUUCUGUCUUAGCGUUAGCUUGGGUUUUUAAACCUGAAAGAAACCAACAUAUCAGUUAAUUCUCAAACCAAAUCUUUCCUCCCCUUCGUGCAUACUUUGUGAAAGAAGUGGGGAUUCAACCCUACAGCCAAAGUAAGAGCCCUGGGCAAUGGCCUGGCGAGCAGCUAGCUGUCUGCAGGACGGCACGGAAGUUAGCUGGCCUUUGGUAACUUCUUCCGGCUGGCAGGUUUUGUUCAUUUAUUGCAGAUGUACAUAUAGUUUGAUCUUUCUGUAAGGAUUUGUGUGGCAAGAUAUUUGACUGCUUUUUACUGGACUAUGAGAGAUUUGGGCUUGAGUCCCUGACCACGUUACUGGAAAGGUCGUGUGGCUUUGGAUAAGUUCCCGACAACCGAGCUUCAGGAUCUAAGUGUAACAGGAGAGAGCUGAAAUAAAUGGCCUUUAAUGUGGGAUCUAGGUUUGAUCUGAUUUGGAUGUUAGACCAGAGAUGUCCUGCCAGGGCGGAUGAACUUUGUUCUUGGCUAGGAGGUCUAGGGGCUUCCAGUGGCACAGAUAAUCUUGUUUAGCCUGAGUAUAAGAGCCCCUCCUUCUUUGGCCUAGUUUUACACGGAAUUGGUUUAUGCUUUGAAGAUAACAGCAAGACCAGUAUCCUUUUGGACUGAGCCCAUCUUCCAUCUCCAGGCACUGUGAAUCCUUUCUACUCUCCAUACUCCUCACUGACAGAGGAGACAGUGGGAAGAAGCCAUUCCCAGUUCUAGAACGUCUGUUUGUCUCAGCCGAACCCCCGCUGUCGCAGCAAUUUGAAUAAAUUCUGAAAGCCUUGCUAAGAUGCUUGGCUGGUGUGAGGGCAACUGGCAUCAAGGAGUGAGGAGCACCAGGGGACCUCAAGAGCAGUUUGCCCACAGGUGGACUCUCUACUCGUCCAUAGCCCCUCGCCUAUGCUGGGACUGGCCCAUUAUUCUCAUAGACAGCAUCUGUAGGAUGAGGCGUUGGGGAAAUGACUGGCAAGGGGAAAGACUGUUUCUGGACUAUUUGUGCUCCCAGAAGGGUCCUUUCUGUGCCAUCCCACCCCACUUCCUUAGCUCUGCAGGGCAGCCAAAGUCAGCCCUUGUCAUUAGGGCCAAGGAGAAAUAGCAAUCUUCUCUCUUCCCCCCCAGGUGGCAGGGCUGUGAUGGCCCUUCCUACACACCUGGACUCUGCUUACCCACUCCAAGACUCCAUCCCUCCCUCUCCCCCCCCCUCUCCCCCCCCCCAACCGCAUCCCCAUCUCUAAGCUAUGGGGCAAUCAUUCCCGUUUUUCCUUUGCCAUCCUGGACCCUUGUCCACCCCCCCUCACCUCCCCAUCCUCCACCAGGCUGGCCCCACCCCUCCCUUCCAUCUCCAAGUCUUCUUCCAGAAGAUGCAUUUGGAUCCCAGAGGAGUGUUUUCUGGAAGACAGUCUUUCAACAUCCCCACAUUCCUGAUAGGAAGCAGGAAUUUGCACAGGUGCAGAGAGCUCCCUCUCCCACCUCUCUGCCCAGCCUUCUUACCUCACUCCUGCUCCAGCCAUUGCGAUGGGCUCAGCCAGCUCCCUGUUCUGAUGUGCCCUGCAACAGCUGGGGGGGGGGGGGGUGUCAUGUGACUUGGAGAGGUCCCUCAGCAGGCCUGGGAGCCCAGAUUGGAGCCUUGGCUGCCGAUGAGAAGCACUUACCUGCCAAGAUUUGCUGAUGCCAGACCAUCUCCCCCAGCAUGUGAAUGCUUAAUGGAUGUUGCCAUCUCUGCCCCUUGGUCCUCUUUGCCUUCACUCCAUACAAUAAGACACCACAGAAGCAAAAUGGCGGCCCUAACUCCAGGCAGGACAUCAGACUGUCUGGGGACUUGGCCCUCCCGGGCUUCUGUAGUGUGUUGCAGAGACUGCACAGUAAAACAGUCACUUUUGCCAACAAGAAUGUGUGGCACCCCACAUCUCCCUACCUUGCACUCUAGGGCCAGACCACUCUCUGCAUGGACCAGACCAUCUUCCCAAACCCAUGGUGCUUUCCCCGACCCCACUCAACCUACACUCUGAGGUGGGGAGGGAUGGAUCAGAGGCCAUAGUGGCCCCCCUGGAUAAUCCCGACAUGGGAUGGAGUCGGGUGAGGCAGAGGGAGCAGCACCCAACACCUGCGCUGGGCCACAAGUGGGAAAGAACACAGGUUGGUUGCAGUUGAGUUGUUUGGUCAUCUGCAUUUCGAUCUAUAACUGUACUUUGCCUGGCGCUGUGCGCAAGGUCCAAAAACUUAUUGCUAGUACCUAGAAACAUACAAGGCUAUCCAGCCAAAUCUUUAUGUAAAGUAGCUAGAGCCAUGGAAGUCCAGUAUGAAUUAAAGGAAAAAAAAAAGUAUUGAAUAACGAAUAA